AUGAGUUGGCUUAGAGAAACAUGGGAUCGGUCUGUAAACCAUGUGUAUGCAACAAAGGAUGCAUUGCUUAAGAGCAAAGAAACUAAAGAGCCAGUCACACUGGAAACAACCGUAGAGGAGACUGCUGAUGAAAACACUAAUAAUGAAGACACAACUUUUAGUGGGAAAAUCAAGAACAUAUUUAAUUCUUACUGGUCAAAGUGUAUUCUUAAAGCUCUUGGCAUAGUUUCCGUCAAAGUUCUUGGGGUAGUUGAUGAUUCUGUAACGAGCAUAGAAGGCCACUUUGAGACAAACAUUUCCAGCAUGUUCAAAAUGUACGUAGCGCUGUUUAUAGGAUUUCUGCUUAUCUUCUUUUCCUCCAGCAUCUACGUUAUGUCUAUUAUCUUUUUAUGCAAUGCAUUGUCUGGAUACAUCGAAUUGUCUGGCAUUAACAAUGGGUGGUUAAGUGCGGGCUUGCUUAUAUUCAACUUUACGCUAUACGGCAUCAUGACUGCUUUGUUCUACAUUGGCUUAAUGCUGUACUUCACUACUCUGGUUAAUAUUUACUACAACGACCUACACAAGGGAGACAAUCUGACACGAGAUCAGAAAAUAUACAACGUUUUGUGCAUGUUUUCAUCUGUCAUGGUGGUUUCUUUCAACUUGAUGCUGAUAAGAUAUCGAACAACUCUUUUGUACUUCUUCAACAUGACAAAAAUGGGAGUCUUUGCCAAUGUGUUCGUCUACUUUGUAUUUUUCUACAGCAAUGUGUUGAUAAUAAAAUAUCUUUACAGUAUUGCGCGGCAGUAUAUGAGACAAAAAGUGGGAAAACAGUACACACCAAACUACGCAAUAAGCUUGUACAGCACAAUAGCAAUAUUGAUUUUCAGUGUGACCAUGACAAUGCUGACUGGAAAUGCAAUUAAUAUGCUCUUUUAUACAAAGGCAAUUGCUGCCAAAAUGAUAUUGAUGUAA